UCACCUGUCGGUUUACACUCAUCAGUCAUCACUCCCAAAUCCAAUUUACUCCGAUCACUCAAAACCCCCCUCAAACCCUACUGUAAAAAUGGGAACGAAUGUGCCGAGAAUCAAGCUAGGUUCGCAGGGGCUCGAGGUCUCGAAGCAAGGCCUGGGAUGCAUGGGCAUGUCAAUGGCCUACGGCCCGCCCAAGCCCGAGCCCGAAAUGAUCGAACUCAUCCACCGCGCCGUCAACUCCGGCGUCACAUUUCUCGACACCUCCGACGUGUACGGCCCUCAUACCAACGAAAUUCUUCUCGGCAAGGCAUUGAAAGGGGGAAUGAGAGAACGAGUGCAAAUAGCGACCAAGUUUGGGAUAACGCAUAAAGAUGGGAAGAUGGAAAUACAGGGGGAGCCUGCGUAUGUUAGGUCUGCGUGUGAGGCAAGCUUAAAGCGUCUUGAAGUUGACUGCAUCGAUCUCUACUAUGUUCAUCGCAUCGACACUCGUGUGCCCAUUGAAGUCACGAUGGGAGAACUAAAGAAGCUGGUUGAAGAAGGGAAAAUAAAAUACGUUGGUCUCUCAGAAGCCUCAGCGUCGACAAUCAGAAGAGCUCAUGCUGUUCAUCCAAUAACAGCUGUUCAGAAUGAAUGGUCACUGUGGGCAAGAGACGUCGAAGAAGAAAUAGUUCCGACGUGCCGAGAACUUGGUAUUGGAAUCGUCCCAUACAGUCCACUCGGUCGUGGUUUCCUUUCAGUGGGUCCCACGUUGAUAGAGAACUUGUCAGAGGACGACUUCCGUAAGAAAUUUCCAAGAUUCCAAGGAGAGAAUCUCGAAGCUAACAAGCUCGUAUACGAACGGAUUAGUGAGAUGGCUAAGGAAAAAGGGUGCACCCCAUCUCAACUAGCAUUGGCUUGGGUCCAUCACCAAGGAGAUGAUGUGAGUCCAAUACCCGGUACCACCAAAAUCGACAACUUUAACGAGAAUAUCGGAGCUUUGACUGUGAAGUUGACUUCAGACGAGAUGAGUCAACUCUAUGCUUUGGCCGACAUUGUGAAGGGAGACAGGCAUGCUUACAUGGCGAGCACAUGGAUAAACUCGGAUACGCCUCCAUUGUCUUCUUGGAAAGGUGACCACUGAUCAUAUACGCAGAUUUACCGAUUGUUCUACUCUUUUUGACUUUACAGCCACUAUUAUGUAAUAGUAAAUUUGUGUGUAGUAGUAAUUACUCGAAUAAGAUCGGUGAAAUGAAACGAAUAUUUGAGGAAAAAAUAUUUCAAAUAGCUUA